CGUUCCUUCUGGCAGCGUUGGGAAGCCAUCCUGGUCUUCCCAGGCGCUUCUUCGGUGCUUGCCUCCAGUUAGGGCGGCCUGGGUAUUUUGCCCCGAAGGCCUCCGUGGUGCGCAUGUUUAGGCAGAGAAGAAGGCUGGGCCGUGCUGGGAGCUGCAGGGCCUUUUUUGUCCUGCCUAAACACGCCUAGGAUUGCGGCUUAGAUGGAGCACCUGACAACGUCGGCCUGUUAAUAUUUACAUCCUACUAUUCGCUCCCUCGUUCUGCAAGGAACCUAAGACUUCCCUCUUUGCUAUUUUGUUUUCACAACAGCUUUGUUACCUACCAAUGGCUAUCGCUUGUACUGUGGUGCAUCAAGGGCUAUUGCCCACAGUGGUUAUGUGGAUCACCCAAGGUUAUCUAUAAGUAUUGCUUGUCUGUGUAACUGUAUCUUUUGCAAGAAACUCUGGGUAAUUUACAUUUUAUUCUCACAUCUCUGUGAGGUAGGUUUGACAGAAGUACUCGCUUGUCUUGCUAAGGUUGUGAGUAUCUGAUCUGCCAGCUGUCCCUGGACUGCAGCUCCGAUUAUCACUCACUGCUGGGUGUGUUUGCUUGUGGUGAUAGGCAUUGCAGUCCAGCAGCAUCUGGAUCCAAACUGAUGGAUUCAGCAUCCAUCAGUUUAAGCUGGCAUAACCUCUGGUGAGCAAUGAUAGGAACUGCAGUCCAGGAACAACUGGAGGUCCAGACACUCCCCAUGUGGUGUAACCCAACUCUCUAUUUUCACUGCCACUCUUCAGGAACGUAGGAAGGUUCUUUAUGCCAGAGCAGACCAUUGGGCCAGCUGUCCCACUGUCAUCCAGUCUGACUGGCAGAGGCUGUCUAGGGUCAUGGGCAGGGUUCUUUCCUGGCACCUUUGUGUUGGAGAUACUAGUGUUUGCAUGCAGGCACCCUCUGCUACUAAAUUACGUUUUCUACCUAAGGAAACAGGAAAAACUAGCAAAAUACAUGUUUGGUGUAACUUGAGUUUCCCUCUUCUCCAGUCAUGUUCUCUUCAAACUCCAGUUUCUCAGCUAAUUGCACCAUGGCUUCAGUGCUCUUCUCCUUAAGUUCCUUAUUUUCUGGAGCCUCUUCCCAGUCCUCAACCUGCCCUGCAAUGAUAUUCUUCAAGCCACCGCAGCCCAACUAGACUGAUAGCUUGUGUUUUUCUUAUGCAAGCUGCAGCACUGACAUUCUGAGAGCAUCUUUCCCCAAGUGCUCAGAAUGUAUGAAAACAUUCUGCAUGGUUACAUUGGCUCAACUGAUCAGUGACGGGGGGGGGGGGGGGGUUUGCAGAUAAAUUUGCAGCACAAUAUAGAUAUUUGUAUUUUUCCAUUCAUCAGCGUAAGAAAAAAGUUUUUUAUUUCAUUUGCCUUGCUGUUAGCAAUGAGAAGCUUAGCCUCUUCAAUGCGUAUAAAUUAAGUAUCUACCUUCUUGUGGACAGAGGCACUCUGUUUUUGACAACUUAGAGGCAAGAAAAUGAAUACACGUUUUUCUCCUUGCUGCAUCUUCAUGUUGGGAAAGGUUUCAUCUGUCUGCUUAAAUUGCUGGAAGAAAGACAGCUGUUAGAACAAGAGAUCCUUUUCAUGUGGGUAGAAAAGCAUGACUGACUUGCUCUGGCCUUGAUUCCCCUGGCAAAUGUGGCUAUGAUAGAUUACACCCUGGAAUUCCUAACAGCAUCUGGGGUGGAAGAAACCUUCGUCUUCUGCAGUUGGAAGUCAGCAGAGAUCAAGGAGCAUAUACAGAAGUCUAAGUGGGGGAGUCCAGCCUCUCCAAACACCGUGCAGUUUGUGACCUCGGACCUCUUCCGCUCACUGGGUGAUGUCUUGAGGGAUGUCGAUGCCAAGUCGCUUGUCCGUUCUGACUUCAUCCUCGUCUCCGGAGAUGUAGUGUCCAACAUAAAUGUUUCUUCAGCUUUACAGGAACACAGGCAGAGGCGUAAGCUGGAGAAGAAUGUGUCUGUGAUGACAAUGAUUUUCAAAGAGUCCAAACCAGGUCACCGAUCCAGGUGCCAGGAAGAUGACAUUGUCCUUGCCAUGGACAGCGCUACAAAACGAGUGUUGCACUAUCAGAAAACUCAAGGGCUGAAGUGUUUCCGGUUUCCCAUGAACCUGUUCCAGAGCAAUAUUGAAGAAGUGCAAGUACGACAUGAUUUGUUGGACUGUCACAUUAGCAUCUGCUCACCCCAGGUGGCUGAGCUUUUCACAGAUAACUUUGAUUAUCAAACUCGGGAUGACUUUGUCCGUGGCCUUUUGGUGAAUGAAGAGGUCCUGGGCAACCAGAUCCAUAUGCACGUGACAGCCGAAGAAUACGGCGCCCCAGUGUCCAACCUGCUGAUGUACGAGUCAGUGUCCUUUGACAUCCUGCAGCGCUGGGUCUAUCCCAUGACUCCAGAGAUGAACCUCACUAACAACAAGAGGCAGAGCUGCGCUCAUUCCCGGCACAAUAUCUACCGGGGGGCGGAGGUGAGCCUGGGCCACGACAGUAUCCUGGAAGAAAAUGUCCUCAUUGGGCAGGGAACUUCUGUUGGCCGAAAAUGCUUGAUAACCAACAGUGUCAUUGGCCCCAACUGCAAGAUAGGCGAUGAGGUGAUUCUAGACAGGGCGUUCCUCUGGGAUGGCGUCUGUGUCGGCGACCACGUGAAAAUCCAGCAGUCAAUCGUUUGCGAUGAGGUCGAGGUGAAGAAGGGGGUGACACUGAAUCCUCGCUGUGUCCUCAGCUUCCAGGUGGUAGUGGGCCCUGACAUUGUCCUUCCGGAAGGCACUGUCAUCUCUCUGCAUCCUGCAGAUGAAGAAGAGGAAGACGAUGAUGAGUUCAGUGAUGAUUCUGGGGUGACCAAAGAAGACAGCAAAGCGAAGCUAAAAGGUUACAACGUCGCAGAGGUUGGCUUAGAGGGCAGAGGCUAUGUCUGGAAAGCGGAGGAUGGGAACGACGCAGAUCAGGAGGAGCAAAGGCAAAGUCUUUGGGGCCCCACUGUAGUUGCCGAAGAAGAAAGCGAGACGGAAAGCGAAGUGAGUCUUGGAUCCGAGCAGCUAGACAGUCGGCCAGUUUCCCCUCAGUUGGAUGACAUCAAAGUUUUCCAGAAUGAGGUGCUGGGCACGCUGCAGAGGGGUGAGGAGGAGAACAUCUCCUGUGACAACCUGGUUCUGGAGAUCAACUCUCUCAAGUUUGCCUACAAUAUCGGCCUGAAAGAGGUCAUGGAGGUGCUGAGUCGGGUGGUUCUGGAAUUCCCUCUGCAGCAGAUGAAUGCAGAAAAAGACCCUCAACACUACUGCAUGCUGGUAGUUCAGCUGCUAAAGAACUGGGCUCCUGUUUUCAAGAACUUCAUAAAGCGGUCGUCAGAUCACUUGGACGCCUUGCACGCCAUUGAAGAGUUCUUCCUCGAGCAUGAAGGCCUCUGCAUGUCUUUGGCCAAAGUACUGAUGACUUUCUACCAGCUGGAAAUUUUAGCAGAAGAGAUGAUCCUCACCUGGUUUUCUCAAGGUAACCCAUCUGAUAGAGGCAAGCAACUUCGUAAAAACCAGCGGCUUCAGAAGUUUAUCCAGUGGUUGGAAGAGGCUGAAGAGGAGUCAUCUGAGGAAGAGCAAAGCUGACUUGGUGAGCCUCUGUCAGAAAGAGAUGCCCCUGCUCCCUGUUUCCAAGAGGAAGGGCUGCAGAGCCGGGCUGGCCUGAUGAGGUGGCAGAGCAAGAGCAAGACCUGGUGCGUGGCGUGUAUGUGUGAGACCUGAGCAUCCAAGCUGGCUGACAGCCCCGUUGCUGUUUAUUUGUGUACUUAGCAGCUACCCCUGGAAAGGCCCCUCAUGUGGGACAGUGAGAGAACAGCUGGUGGGAAAAGCCAGGGACCUGUGUAAUGUCUAAGGCCUUUCUGAGUCGUGUAUAUAUAGGUAUACACAUACACACACAAAUGAGUAUACAUAAGCUAUCCGUGGUGGCAGGAGUGGGGGCUUCUGGCUGCUACUAUCGAUGGUGACAGGGGCAAAGACACGCGGAUCCUACGGCAGACGUGACUGUUGGGGUUGAACCACUUCCGAGCUACGUAAAGGGGUCUGAUGAGAUCGGCUUAAGGGAAGCUUUUGACUUUGCACGGGUGCUGCUACCUGACAUCCUGCUCAGUGGUUCAAGGGCCAGCUGGUAAAGCGGGAGAGAGAGAGAGCGCAAGGUGCCCUUGUCAGAGGCAGAGCUGUCCCUUGAUACCAAGAGCUUGAGCUGCAUGGAAACAGUCACCUUUCCUGAAGGACCGGUUUGUUUUGCAGUCAGGCAAGCUUCCAUUUUGGCUCAGAUGUCCACCUGGCACUGCUGCCUUUGCUAACGUCAUGGAGCCUUUUCUGUUUUGCAUCGGUUCACACACCAAGGGGAAAAUGUUCACCUACCUCACAAGGAGUAUGUCUGUAAUUGGGAAAAAGAUCUGCUGAGUAACUGUUCUUACGUUUUGAUAGUGGGACCCUUUUGUCCAUGCCCAUCCUUGCAGACUGUUCUGACUUUGGAUCUGGAAGUGUGGGUCCAUGUCCCCUACCCUGUUGCAGAGGAACAGAUGUUCCUGGUAUCAAUUAGGAGCUGCUGGAGUCUGUCCCCUGCAACUGCUGACAAAUAGAUAAAUAAUCUCACUUCAGAACCUUCGAGUUCUGCUUUGUCUCCAUGAUUACACUGACAAAGCACAGAUCCAAACCUGUGCACAGAUCCAAGGUCAGUCCUGCAGCCCACAUAAAAUCCUUUGAUAAUUAAUUCUACAGGUUUGCAAACAAUGUUUUUUAUAAUUUAAGAAAAAUUUCUGUUUCCUCUUAAAAGUUGCCAUUAGAAAGUCUGUGGUUCUGGGUUUGGCAUAAGAGUCCAUGGUAGCAUUUCUUUCCUUUCACCAUGCAUCCCUCUCAUCACUGACAAGUCAUCCAAUAGCCAACUUCUCUUGGUCACAAUCCAGCCAUCAUUCUGCUAAUGGGAGUAUGUAGGGUCCAGCGAGCAACAGUUUGGGUUGCUUUGUUCUUGUCCCUUUUUCUUCCUUCUGGAAAAGCGUAGCAACAGAUGAAGGAACACAAGGCUCUGCCAGUCUUGGGGAGCUGUAACCAUUGGACCUUGCUGUUGCUUCUUUUGGGCACACGUCAAGUUACCAGAAUGUCUGGGGAGACGUUGCCUGUGGAGUGGGAAGCGCUUGAACACUGGCACUAGUGUCGGGCUUCUCUUGUCACCACAUCCUCUUGUAAAUGUUGGGAAAGAAGUGCUUUUUCUGUGCCUGCCAAUAUUUAAUUUGGGGAGCAAUUAAACAUCCCUGCUAUAAAGAA